CAAUUCAGUUCGCACCAUCUUCUGAUUUUGGCCAUUGUUAUCUUUAGCGUUGGCCGUCCCUGUUCAUCCUUAACAUGGCUACGCACGAAAUGGGCACGAACCUCUUCACUCCAUGCAAGAUGGGCAAGUUUGAUCUGACUCACAGGGUGGUGAUGGCACCCAUGACGAGAUGUAGAGCGGUCGAUGAUACUCCGUUGCCGGCUCAUGCGGAGUACUACGCACAAAGGGCAAGCGAGGGCGGUCUUCUCAUCGCAGAAGGCACCGCCAUCUCCAACACGGGCACCGCGUUUCCGGGUAGUCCUGGGAUUUACACUGAAGAGCAAGUCGAAGCGUGGAAGAAGGUGGCGGAUGCUGUUCAUUCCAAAGGCGGCAUCAUUUUCUGUCAAGAGUUUCACGCUGGUCGCGCCUCCAAUCGUGUUUAUCAACCUGGGGGAGCCGCACCGAUUUCGUCUACAAAUCAAUCUAUUUCCGAUAAAUGGAAAAUCCACAUGCCCGAUAGGAGUCUUGAUGUUUAUCACAAACCAAGAGCCCUCCAAACACAUGAAGUAUGGCAGGUUAUCGAGCAACAUCGACUAGCAGCUAAAAAUGCCAUUCGAGCAGGUUUCGAUGGGGUUGAGGUCCAUGCAGCACAUGGCUUCCUCAUUGAUCAAUUCUUAAAGGACUCGAUCAAUGAUAGAACGGAUGAAUUUGGCGGAUCGAUUGAGAACAGAUGUAGAUUCUUGAUGGAGAUUAUCAAAGUGGUUGUUGGAGAAAUUGGCGCUGAUCGAACGGGAGUUAGAAUUUCACCGGUAGUCGACUAUAAUGAUGCCACGGACUCCGAUCCGCUCGGUUUAGGCCUAGCAAUCAUUGAGAGACUAAACAAGUUUCAAGACGAGUUAGGCUCGAAACUGGCCUAUCUCCAUGUGACUCGGCCUCGAUUCAUGGCUGCUCCCACAGAAGAAGAAGGCGAGGACGAAGAAGCUCGAUUGAUGAGAGCCUGGAGGAAAGCUUAUCAAGGUACUUUCAUGUCGACUGGUGGUUUCACUCGAGAGCUCGGGAUGAAGGCUCUGGUUGAUGGAGACGCAGACUUGAUAUCGUAUGGUCGGCUCUUCAUCUCUAACCCCGAUUUGGUUCACCGGUUCAAGGUUGAUGCACCAUUGAACAGUUACAACAGAGAAACAUUUUAUAUUCAAGAUCCAGUUGUCGGUUACAUAGAUUACCCAUUUCUUGACCAGGAAAAUAAGGAAGUGGCACAUUAGCAAAUGAAAAUGCUAUGGGUUUGCUCGUACUCCUAGGAAGUUUGUGUGGACUUUUCUCUUAUUGGAUUAUGUUGUAUAAAUUAAGCACUAUGGAGGAUGGAAGAAAUAAGACAACUUGUUCAUUGUAUGUACUUUAUGUCCGUAAAAAUCGGGCACAUGAUUUGUAAAUUGUCGACUCGAUCGAGUCUGAUGAAUGAUCAAAUGUCCAUCUUCUUAAAUACAUUAUAAUCCUUUCUCUGA